AACCGCCUUCCGUUUUCUUCUCUACCGCUCUUUCUCCUUAAAAAGACCGACCCCUUAAUUCCCGCCUCCAUCACUGCAAUCUCUCUCUCUUUCUCUCUCUCUGCUGUGUGUGCGAGCAAUAUGGCUUCCAUUGAAGAAAAACCAUUGAAGGUGCAUGAAGAAGGUGAUGAAGAUCAUAUGGACGAGCACGAAGAAUCCGUUUCGUGUGGUGGGUGUUGUUGCCUUGGGCUUAUGGGCUUCAGAUGGGGACAAAGCAAUGAAAGGGAGAGCAAACAUCUGCUGCAGAUCAAUAAAGGAGAACGCAGGGAAACAUGGUGGAUGAAGCAACUGAUUAAGGUUAAGCAGGGUACAGAAGUAGUGGCAGGGCCCAAGUGGAAGACUUUCUUAAGAAAGAUCAGCGCAUUUGGUAAUAACAAGAACAAGAAGAAGCACGGCGCAGCUGGGUUCCAGUAUGAUCCUCAGGCUUAUGCCCUCAACUUUGAUAAUGGUUUUGAUGGGGAUCAGGAAGAUGGCUUUGUUCUUGAUUUCAGGUCCAGAUUUGCUGCUACUCCUUCAUGAAAAGCGGCACAGUGGAUCGUGAAAAAGUCGUUAAUGAUGUUGAUAAUUUUUGUUGUAUCAUGUAGAAAGUUGCAUUCAUCAUUCAUAUCAGUCUUGCUCUCUCUCUUUGUGGAAUCUGGUGAUGAUCUUUUUGGCAGAGAAUAUAUAUAAUUUUGGUUUUUAUUACAGUAAAUAUAUUUAUAUACUGUCUAAUUAAGUUGCUUAA